AUGAUUGCCCUUGACUCACAGCCCCUGUCAAUAGUGAAUGAUGUCGGGUUUACUCGUCUGCUACGUGAGCUUGAGCCGAGGUAUUCUCUUCCUAGUAGAAGAUACAUAACUGAGACAGUUCUGCCUAAGGUCUAUGAAGAAGUGAGGAGUGGAGUCAGGAAACAGGUGGAUGGAGUGUCUUUCUUCAGUUUUACCACAGAUGGAUGGACUUCUGAUGAUGGUAUUGCAAACUUCCUUAGUCUUACUGCUCACUGGUUAACUGAUGAUUUUGAAAGAAAAUCUCCUAUCCUUCAUGUCCUUCCACUGGAAGAGGCUCACACUGGUGAAUACUUGUGUCAUACUUUCCUGCAAAUGUUGGACGGUUGGAACAUAAAGAAGAACCAAGUCCACUUGAUGCUGCGAGACAAUGCUGCUAACAUGGUCAAGGGAAUGAGAGAAGCAUGUGUUCCAUCUUAUGGCUGCUUUGCCCAUACACUACAGUUAGUCAUUGGGGAUGGACUGUUGUUUCAAAAAGUAGUUAAAGAUCUGCUUGCCGUCUGCCACAGAAUUGUUAGUCACUUUAAACAUUCAUCACUUGCCCAUUCACGUCUGCAAAAGACUCAAGCUAGUCUCGGAUUACCUCAGCACCGCCUACCACAAGAUGUAUCAACCAGAUGGAAUUCCUCCCUCUACAUGCUCCAAGCAAUCAUAGAACAAAAGAUGGCCAUAGCUGCUUAUUCCUCAGAAUAUAGGAUUCCCCAACUGACAGCAACACAGCUGGAAAUAGCUGCAAAAGUUAUUGAGGUACUUGAACCUUUCGAGGAAAUCACAAAUCAGUCUCAUCUAAUGCAUCGACCAUAUCAUUAG